AGCCUUCUUGAUACACUCAAGUAGUCGGCCCCCGAAAUCGGGAGUUCGCCGCCCGACGUUUGCCAAUACCAGACAAAGUGGAAGGACACCAUAGGCGAUAACCUACCAAAUAUUGUAUACGUCUGCAUAGAUGUCGAAUACGCCAUUACCACAAUGGACACACUCCCUUGCCGACAGCCGGUACCUCGAUACGAGCACUCGUGCCGGUGACGAUGCAAGAAGAGGAUUAGCAGCAAUUCCAAAUCCCGCAUAUUCGACUCAGGAACCUCCACGGUUUCUAUUUCCAGACAGUCAAGGCUCAACUCAGCCUAGGUUUGUAUUCGAAGGAGCAAGGCGGGAUAGCGCGGAGCACCGAUAUAGUGUCUCCUCAAGCACGAGUGGGCCUCUUGCUCCGUACUCAGCGCAGCGUUGCAGCAUCUCGAAGAACGUUGACUAUAGUGGGCCAUCAAGUUCCUACAAUGAAACAUCAAGCCAAGGCCGUGGCUCUAUAGGGUCCACGGGGCGGACAAACGACCUGGAAUCUCUGUAUAGUAGUUCCUCCACGACGUUUCCAAGCCCCGUUCACUCUGAUAAGAGCUCGGCAAUGUUCACCACCAACCCUACGCCGAAGUAUUCGGCGCAGCAACCUCCGCGUCAGACAACGUCCGGCGUACCCUCAGGCUUCGAGAAAUUGCUUCACCAUUCACCAUCACCACCCCCGCGGCGGCCUUCAACAGCUUCCCGUUAUCAUUUACAUAUUCGACAGCAACCAGUGGCGGCAAGAGCGUGCGGUUUUAGUAAUAGAGAUCGGCGACCUGUUGAUCCUCCACCCAUCAUCCAAUUGCUCCUAACUGACUUCGACCCUGUGUCAGACCAAGAGAAGGAUAUCUUGCAGGAUCCAAGAUUUGCAGUUGGUUGCAUUCUAUUCCCUGUGGAGACAUCGUCCCAGCAAGGCUCAUUGGAUAGGGAGAGAGGGGGUUUCGUUCAGGAAAGCCGCCUUGGAUCCACCGCGAGCCCAGGUCAAUCAACGCCUUUGCUUUCCGGAAAGACAUUUGUCUCUCCCUUCUAUGUCGAUGCCGACCCGGACCCUGCGACAGCACCUGCCCACCCCACUAGUGAGGAUUGUAUGAGGCAGAGGAUUCCUGGAGAAUCGGAACGAACUCAACAACCGGCGACAUUUUUCAUAUUCUCAGACCUUUCCAUUAGCAAAGCUGGAUUGUAUCGCCUGCAAUUUCGGCUCAUGAACUGGGGCCAUGUGGAGGAUACCGGUCAGCAUAUGCCUAUCCUCGCGGAGGUGUGGUCGAAACCAUUCCAGGUGUAUCCAGCUAAGGACUUCCCCGGGAUGAGAGACUCAUCCCCUCUCGCGGAGGGACUCAAAGAGCUCGGAUUUAUCGAACUAAAAACAAGGGGCGAGGGGAAGGGCAAGGGAAGGAAGCGAUGACUCUAGUACGGGCCGUUCAUAAAAGAACACUUCGUCAUUGGGCCACUUUUAGCAGCGUUGCGAUAUCUCAGAGCAACCGGAACGCUGGCACUGCGCCUCUUUCUAAACGAAUACCAUAACGAUUUUAAUGAAGGUUUAUGACAAGGUCGCCUUUCAAGGCAUAUGAACCUGAUCACGGCUCCACUCAGUAUGAAGGACUUGUCAUGGUGCUAAAAUACAAACCUACGGCAGACCUAAGACCAAGAACCCGACGCGUGUAGUAUCCGAGUCCAUUUCUGGCCAAGCAAGUUCAUCCGUUUGUAGCGUACUCGCCGUAUAAUAACGGGAGUCCUUCCUAUUUCUGUCCUGGGUUCGAACAUUCUAUGAAACAAUACAAUCAUAGCGAAUUGAUAUUGUGGUACAGCGUAUAUAUAGUACACGGGAAUCA